GGGUGUGUUUCGCUGGGGGUCACCAUUUGUGGACCCGAAUUUAACUACUGCUUUGCAAGAUAUUUGUGUUGCUUUCACGAACAGUGUCUUUUUUAAAUAUCGGAUUUCAACAGUACAUUAUUUGGGCCGCAUGAUUUAGCUCCGAUUUUUCGUUUUUGCAUUUGCUUUUUCUUCACCGUCGAAUCAUCAAUCAUGCGGUGGCCGGAUUUGGGAUCCGCCUUUCGAUUUAGCUAUUUCCGAAGUUUUUUUCGGUUCCAGAGCCCGGAUACUUCUGCGGGCAAUGGUGAUUGGUUUUCCCAGCUGCACUUCCCUUUGAUAGAAUUCAAGACCAACAACCGGAGCGAAAUGUGGGAAGCACAGCUCGGAAAUCAUACAGUAAGGUCACAUGGAGUAAGAGUAGCAAGGACACAUAUGCAUGACUGGAUAAUACUCUUACUCCUCGUUUUCAUUUGGAUUGGUCUGAAUUUGAUACAUCCGUUUUACCGCUUCGUCGGUAAAGAUAUGAUGUCUGAUCUGAAAUACCCUCACAAGAGCAACACCAUUCCCAUAUGGGCUGUCCCGAUAUAUUCAGUUCUGUUGCCAGUUGUGAUUUUUCUGCUAUUCUAUCUUCGUCGAAGGGAUGUAUAUGAUCUUCAUCAUGGCAUGUUAGGGAUUCUUUUUUCCGUUGUCAUAACGGGGGUCCUAACUAAUGCUAUAAAAGACGCAGUUGGUCGGCCUCGGCCGGACUUCUUUUGGCGAUGUUUUCCAGAUGGCGUAGAUCUGUACGAUAAAUGGGGCGAAGUUAUUUGUAACGGUGACAAACGUCUCAUAAGGGAAGGGCAUAAGAGCUUUCCUAGUGGGCAUACGUCGUGGUCAUUUGCCGGGCUGGGAUUUUUAUCACUGUAUUUAUCCGGGAAGAUAAAGGCGUUUGAUCAAAAAGGUCACGCCGCAAAACUAUGCCUCGUCUUUCUUCCACUACUUGCCGCCUCUCUUGUUGGUGUUUCUCGUGUUGAUGAUUAUAAGCAUCACUGGCAGGAUGUGUUUGCAGGAGGUUUACUAGGCUUAGUAGUGGCCACUUUCUGCUAUUUGCAGUUCUUCCCACCUCCAUAUCACGUUCACGGGUGGAGGACCCACACAUAUUUGCAAAUGUUGGAGGAUUCGCGAGCAAAUACAAACAACGCGCAAACCUCCGAAACUCAGGUUGAAAUCCAGCCUACUCGAAGAAACAGCAAUUUGUCGAUGAAUUCAUCGUUAUCCGGUACCUCGAAUUUGCCAGUUGAAGAUCUCGAAUCCGGAACGAGAUAGUUCAAAGAUAUCAGUUGUUACUAGUUUGGUGGGACCCGCAUGUACAUAUUGUGCAGGUGCACGUGUAAAUUUCUUUUCAUUUUUCGUAUAUUCACGUUCUAUUUUGAGGUUCACGUAAGCCUUUCUUGGCGCAUCCACUUUUGUUACAAUUUUGGUGAGGUUGUAAUAUCUUUGAAGUAUUUCAAUUUA